GCGUGCCGCGCGGGGCGCGCCGUGCGUGCCGAGCAGGCCGCAGUGCGGGCCGGGGCCGCGGCGAUGCUGGAGGAGGCGGGCGAGGUGCUGGAGUCGGUGCUGAAGGCCUCGUGCCUCCCGCUCAGCGUCCUGCUCUUCGUGCCCGCCGUGCUCCUGCUCCUGGGGCCGCCCCCCGCCGCCGAGGCGGCGCACGAGUUCACGGUCUACCGCAUGCAGCAGUAUGAGCUGGGCGGGCAGCCCUACGGCACCAGGAGCGCCGUGCUGAACACGGAGGCGCGCACCGUGGAAGCGGACGUGCUGAGCCGCCGCUGCGUCAUGAUGAGGCUGGUGGACUUCUCCUACGAGCAGUACCAGAAGGCUCUGCGCCAGUCAGCCGGGGCUGUGGUGAUCAUCCUGCCACGAUCCAUCUCCUCUGUCCCCCAGGAUGUCGUGAGGCAAUUCAUGGAGAUAGAGCCAGAAAUGCUUGCUAUGGAAACCAUUGUGCCAGUCUACUUCGCAGUGGAGGAUGAGGAGCUGCUGUCUAUCUAUGAGCAAACACGGGCUGCUUCUGCAUCACAGGGUUCUGCCUCUGCUGCAGAAGUUCUGCUGCACACAGCAACUGCCAAUGGCUUCCAGAUGGUGACCAGUGGGGCUCAAAGCAAAGCUAUCAAUGACUGGCUCAUCCCCAGUGUGGAGGGAAGGCUGACAGGGCUGGGUGGAGAAGACCUGCCCACUGUUGUGAUAGUUGCUCACUAUGAUUCCUUUGGAGUGGCUCCAUGGCUGUCCCAUGGGGCUGACUCCAAUGGCAGUGGAAUCUCAGUGCUGCUGGAACUGGCCAGGCUGUUCUCUCGGCUCUACACCUACAGAAGGACCCAUGCUGGGUAUAACUUGCUGUUCUUUGCAUCUGGAGGUGGCAAGUUUAAUUAUCAAGGAACUAAGCGGUGGCUGGAGGAUAAUUUGGACCACACUGAUUCCAGCCUUCUGCAGGACAAUGUAGCAUUUGUUCUCUGCCUUGACACUCUGGGCAGAGGCAAUAGCCUUCAUCUUCAUGUCUCAAAGCCUCCCAAGGAGGGCACCCUGCAGCAUGCAUUUCUGAGAGAACUGGAGAUGGUUGUUGCCAGCCAGUUCCCAGAGGUGAAGUUCUCCAUGGUGCACAAGAAGAUCAACCUGGCAGAGGACAUGCUGGCGUGGGAGCACGAGCGCUUCGCCAUCCGGCGCUUGCCGGCGUUCACCAUCUCACACCUGGAGAGCCACCGGGACAGCCUGCGCAACAGCAUCAUGGACAGGAGGGCACGAAUAGACACUAAAGCACUGACCAGGAAUACUCAGAUCAUUGCUGAGGCUUUGACAAGGGUCAUCUACAAUCUAACAGAAAAGGGAGCACCUGCAGAUAUGCAGAUCUUCACAGAUCAGAUGGAAAUCCAGCAGGAGCAACUGGAGUCAGUGAUGGACUGGCUGAGCAGUCAGCCCAGGGCUGCCCAGCUGAUUGAUAAGGACAGCACCUUCCUCAACACCUUAGAAUAUUAUAUGGGACGUUACCUGAAGGAUGUCAAGCAGCACCAUGUGAAGGCAGACAAACGGGACCCUGAGUUUGUUUUCUAUGACCAGCUGAAGCAGGUGAUGAAUGCAUACAGGGUCAAGCCAGCAAUCUUUGACCUGCUCCUGGCUGUCUGUAUUGCAGCCUACCUUGGUGUUGCCUAUGUUGCAGUGCAGCACUUUGGUCUCCUUUACAAGAUGAUACAGAGAUUAUCCCUUAAAACCAAGCAGCAGUGAAGCACCAAGUCCCCCCACCCAGCAGCACUGAGCCAUCGGUGAGCCCAUUGGGAACCUUCUGCCUUCCACUGAACCCUGCUGUUCCUUUUCCUUUGUCUCCUCUCUGCUACUGUAUAGAGGGGAGGAAGGCAUAAAGAAAAUGAAAUUUUAACUCUUGUGCACCUUUGAAGUGCUUUUCUUCACCUUCUUCCCCUGACUUGCACCAUGUCUGGUUUUCCUUUGCAUUUGGGUGAGGGAGAGGCUGAGAGACUUCAGCAAUUCCUGCAGUCUGAUUUUGGGCAGCUUCUCUGAGUGUCACCCAAAGUCCAGCACCUUCAUGGACACUGUCACACAGCCAGCCUGCAAACUGAAACUACAGCCUGACAUGGUAUCUCUGCCCAGCAAACAAGGACUUGGAGCAGUUGUUUAAAAGAAAAAACCAAAAAGUGCACAUGCAAAUUAAAGAGAAUGCAAUUAGCAUGUUUCCUUAUGGCACCUCUUCCUUGAGUUCACUGCCUGGCUUCAGGGAGUUGUGCUGAGCAAGCAAUGUCUGCAGCAAGCACCUUCUUGCAUUUUGUUCAAACUCACCCCCUUUCAGGAGGUGCACUGGGAGUGAUCUUGAGUGUUAUUACCAGGAUGAGGAAAGAUUAAGAUGGGGUUCUGGCAUGAGGGUUCUGCUGGGACAGGUUCUGUCCUGUCUCUCUUGCAGGAUGCAUUUGGCUGUGUAUUUGAUUUCUCUGGAGGUUUUUGGUCCUUGAACAGUUCACAGCUGCCACCACUCUGUGCUAAACUCUUGCUUGAUUUUUGAGGGGUGUUCCCUACUCCAGCUGCUGCAGGAUCAUGUUCUGUGCUGCCAUGUACUUACACAAGCUGGUUCUGUUUAUAACGAGAGAAGAGCAGCUCAGACGUGGAAAAUUUAUUGAAAUACUACAAGCCCUAGGCUAGCUGUAGGUCUAGAAGAUAACCCUGAGCACUGUCCUGCCACCCAGCAAGUUUUGAGUCCUUUUCUGUAACCUCUUCUGUGUACAUGAGCUCUCUUCACAUGCCACAGUGACAGUUUUUAAAAAAUUUAAGCUACUACUUUUAAUUAAAGCAGCAUAACUUACAGAGGCUGAAAAGCUAAUUCGAAUUGAGGUGGACCUUUUUUCUUUUGAAUGCAAGGAAAAUUCCAGCUGUGGAUUCCUGUCUGCACACACCUGCUCUGCACAUGCUUGUCAGAAAAGGGGUUGUUGUGACCAGUCACUGUCCUUUGGAUGGGCACCAAAGCACUGAUUUCCAUCCUCCUUUGUUUAUUUUACUGUAAUCUGCUUCCUGGAGUACCCUUAUCCCAUGAUUUGUCCUUUCUGCUACUUUAAAUAUGUAGCAAUUUGUUUUUUAAAAGGUCUUGUCUUUUCCAGGAAAGCCUGCUGGUGUCAGUGGCUCACCGUGGUGCCAGCAUGGUGCCAAGCACUCCAGAACUAUCAGCCACACUGGGAAAUCUGCCUUUUCCUCAUCUUUUGAGUGCUCAUUUGAAAUGUGUCUCUCUGCAUGCAUGAAGUGCUCAUGGCACUCCUCUGCCAAAUGAAUUUAUAAUGACUUCAGAAGUUGCUGGAGUGGCUGAAAGGCAAGCCUUGAUUGUUUUCCACUGGUUUUUAUGCUCUGCCCUUAGAGACUGCAUCUGCUGUGCCCUGGGGAGCUGCAUGCCCUGGGCUGGCUAGGUUCAGAACAUGGAUGGUACAGUGGCUCUCUGAAGAACUCUGUAGGCUCUGAAUAUCGGAGUAGUUUGAGUCCUCCAGCUGCAGCAUCCAUUUCUGGUGUGUUACACUUCAGGAGGUGGUGUUCCCUCCAGUCUAGCAGAUUAUUUCACCAGUCUUAAUGAUUAACUCCAUUACUUUGCUGAGAAAAAUAGGAAAAUAAUAUUAGCAAUGCUGCUGCAGCUUGAGUUGAUGUGUGUAAAAUUUGGCAGUAGUGGGCAAGAGUGACAGAACAGACCUGGGGCUUGUUCCUUGCUGUGGAAACUGUCAGCCUUCAGUCUUCCAGAUGAGCAGCUCAAAGUUCAGAAUCAAAAACUUCCACCCAGUCUGUUUGCAGAGGCUGUAGCACAAAGAAAACACCUUAGCUCUGUGUGGUCUCAGCAGUGAACUGUUAACACUCCUGAUGCAGUGCCAGAAGCCAGUGGAAACAACCUAAAAUAAAGAUGGGUAAGAUGAAUGAGGAGAGUUCAUAAACCUGAGGGGCAGUUGGGAUGGCACAUUGCUCUCUCCCACACAAUGGUAGUUUGUCCUGUAAUCCUUUUGUGUCUCUCUCCCUGGCUGCCAUAAAAAGUAGUUUUUACAACAGAUAAAAAGAGUUUUUGCUUUUGAUCAAAGUGCACGUGCACUGAAACAUAAAUGCUCAAAUCUGAGCUAGUCAAAUCCCAACUUCCUCGUAGCUGGAGCAGAGUGCCCAUCCUGGGAUUGAAUUUAAAUCCCAACUUCCUCGUAGCUGGAGCAAAGGGCCCAUCCUGGGAUUGAACUUAGUUCCCACAUUGUUGUUUCCUUAGGUAAGUCAACAGAGAAGCUUGCAAAGAGCCCCUGGAGCUGAUCUGCACUGCAGCAUAACUGAUCAAUUCAGCCACCAACACAAAGGCAGAAAUGCAAUGAUAAAAUAAAAGUUCUCCACAAUGUUCCAGAA